GUCCGAUGGCGCGGCGCUCGUCGAGCUCGCGCUGGAGAGAGGCGUCCCGGCCGUGCUCGCCGCCGCGGGGGGCGCGCCCAGCCGCCGGCUCCCGUUCCCGGCCGGCGCGUUCGACAUGGCGCACUGCGGUCGCUGCCUCGUGCCGUGGCAUCUCCAUGGCGGGCGGUUCUUGAUGGAGAUCGACCGCGUGCUCCGGCCAGGCGGCUACUGGGUCCACUCGGCGCGCCGGCGAACGGCACGCAUGAGCGCGCCGCCAUCGAGGCCGCCGCGGCGAGCAUGUGCUGGAGGAGCGUCGCGGACCAGAACGGCUUCACCGUGUGGCAGAAGCCGGUGGGCCACGUCGGCUGCGACGCCGGCGAAAACUCUCCCCGGUUCUGCGCCGGCCAAAACAAGAAGUUCAAAUGGGACAGCGACGUCGAGCCGUGCAUCACGCCGAUCCAAGAAGGCGCGGCGCCGCCACGGGAAGCCUCGGCGGCGGAGGCGCUCCGUCGCGACAGCGAGACGUGGACGCGGAGGGUGGCGCGGUACAAGGCGGUGGCCACCCAGCUGGGGCAGAAGGGCAGGCUCCGCAACCUGCUCGACAUGAACGCCCGCCGCGGCGGGUUCGCCGCGGCGCUGGCCGACGACCCCGUCUGGGUCAUGAGCGUCGUCCCGGCGACCGGCGGCGGCGACACGGACACGGACACGCUCCCGGCGAUCUACGACCGCGGCCUCAUCGGCGCCUACCAUGACUGGUGUGAGCCAUUGCCGACUCCCGCCUUGAGCUACGACCUCCUACACGCCGACUCCCUCUUCACCAUGUACAGAGACAGGUGCGACAUGGAGGAUAUCCUGCUGGAGAUGGACAGGAUCCUGCGGCCCGGGCGCGCCGUGAUCAUCCGCGACGACAUCGCCAUUUUAGCAAGGAUCAAGAACUUCUUAACUGAUCGGAUGAGGUGGGAUUGCCAGAUUUUCGACGGCGAGGAUGGCUCGGACGAUCGUGAGAAGAUCCUGUUUGCAGCGAAGACGUGCUGUAACGAUGAGGAUCGAGAUCAGGAGCAAUGAGCAUGAUCAUCUAGGAUGACCAAAUACAGACAGAUGAUUGAUGAUCACAUUCAUACACUGAUACACUGUGUACGCUGUAUGACUGAUUUGUGAUUUGUAAAGCACAUAAUGUCAGGAUGCGCCUUUUUUUUUUCUUUUGGAGCAUGACCGUUCAUACAUACCACAUUCGCAAUGGAAUUGGGUCCAAAAUGAAAGUUGAGGAUUCAACUGCUAUGUAGUAGGAGUUA